AAUAAAUGAGAAUCAUGCUUACUAUGUGCAUAUAAUAGAGAGACUUAUUAAAAGCCCUUCCCUUAAAAACUUCCCAAUUCCAUUCCUCUUCCUCUUCCUUCUCCUUCUUCUUCUUCUUCACCAUUUAUUUCUCAUCAUCAUACUUAUAAAAAGUAAAUCAGAAUCCCGAAGCAAACUUUCAAUCUUCCAUCAUCAUCAUCAUGUCCGAUACACAUACAUACAUACAUAUCUUUCGUGUGAUUUAUACUUAUUAAAGAGAGAUUCUCUCAUUAAGAAGAAGCUUCCUUCUUUCUUUUCUUUUUCUUCUCUCUGUUCAUGGCGGUUCAAGCUCAUCACCAUCCUUCUACUCUCUUCUUCCUCAACAACGGACAAGAAGGGAAUGAUCAGCCGCAUAAAUCUCAGUUUCAUUCAAUCAACGCCGGGGUUGAUACAAGAAAGCGAGCGAGAGAAGUUUCUUCGGUGAUUGAUUUAGAUAUCACGGCGGCUCCGAUGAACCCUCCGCCGCAAACUCCACCGCAAGUUAUAGGACGUCGACAAAAUCCGAAUGUUGUAUCAACCGGUCUACGUUUGUCUCGUGAACAGUCGCAGAAUCAAGAACAACGGUUUUUGUCUUUUCCGAUAACCGGAGAUGUCGCCGGAGAAAUCAAAAGCCAAACGGACGAAUUAAAUAGAUUUCUUCAAAUCCAGGGAGAGCAGCUUAAGCGCAUGUUAGCUGAAAACAGUGAGAGGAACUAUCGUGAGCUUCUGAGAACAACGGAAGAAUCAGUAAGGCGGAGAUUAAGAGAGAAAGAAGCGGAGAUCGAGAAAGCCACACGUCGUCAUGUCGAGCUAGAAGCACGUGCGACUCAGAUCGAAACAGAGGCACGUGCUUGGCAAAUGAGAGCAGCUGCUAGAGAAGCCGAAGCGACGUCGUUACAAGCUCAAUUACACCAAGCCGUAGUAGUAGCUCACGGUGGCGGAGUUAUUACGACGGUGGAGCCACAAUCGGGAAGCGUAGACGGUGUGGAUGAAGCUGAAGACGCCGAAUCGGCUUAUGUGGAUCCCGACCGGGUCGAAAUGAUUGGACCGGGAUGUAGGAUUUGCCGGCGGCGAUCGGCGACGGUGUUGGCUUUGCCGUGUCGUCAUUUGGUUAUGUGUACAGAAUGCGACGGCUCCGUGAGAAUUUGUCCGCUUUGCCUUAGCACGAAGAAUUCAAGCGUGGAGGUUUUCUAUUCUUGAUGGGCCAUUCUAUAAUGGGCUUAUCAGGCCCAAUCAAAUGGAAUUUAAUAAUAAUAAUAAAAAUAUAAAUUAAAUUUAUCAUUUAUAUAAACUAUAUAUGUAGUAUACUGUUGAGCUCAUUAUUGAAUAGCUUGAGAGGUUUGAUGUACAUAGCCACCACAUGCAGUGAGCUUCUUCUUUUUUUGGUCUUUAGGAAUUCUUUUGAUUUCGUAAUAAAUCAACCUUGAUUGUUUAAUUUUUAAUUACUUUACAUAUAUAGCAUUUGAUACGAUAUGAUUUAUUUAUGAUGUUUUAGUAGAGGAUGAGACAUGAUUUAGUAUUAUUUUCAAAUGUUUUGUAUUGUUAUAAUAUUUGUAUUCUAAUUAAGAAUAUUCUAGGGUUUUUGUGUUUUUAAAUAUCUAUUUGUAUAAAGCAUGUUCAUUAUUUCUUGUUUUUGGUUGAGCUCAAUGUAUUUUUAUGGAAUUUUAAACUAAGCGAACAAUUAUCUU